GUGGAAAAGAAAAAUUAAGUGGAUUUGAUUUUGUAGUUUAAAAAAAAUGGAUGUGAGACCUUUAUUUGCCGGUUAUCCCUUUCAAGGUCAGGGUCGUGUAAAUCAAUUAGGCGGCGUUUUUAUAAAUGGAAGACCACUACCGAACCACAUCCGAUUAAAAAUCGUCGAAAUGGCAGCCGCCGGAAUCCGUCCUUGCGUAAUUUCGCGCCAACUUAGAGUAUCGCAUGGAUGCGUCUCCAAGAUAUUGAAUAGGUAUCAAGAAACCGGAAGUAUUAGGCCGGGGGUGAUCGGUGGAUCAAAACCUAGGGUAACCACGCCGGAAGUUGAAGCGAGAAUUGAGCAAUUAAAAAAGGAUCAACCAGGGAUAUUCUCUUGGGAAAUUAGAGAAAAAUUA